AUGAAAGAGUCUGAAAAAGACGAAGUCCGGAUCCUUGGAGUUGAUGGAGGGGUGUUUGAGGUUUUAUUGGACUUUAUUUACACAGGGUCGAUCAAUGUAACAGUGGCAAAUGUGCAGGAGCUGAUGGUAGCAGCAGACAUGCUUCAGCUGCAGGAAGUAGUUUCUAUCUGUGGAGAAUUUCUGAAAGAUCAAAUGGACCCAUCAAACUCUGUAGGAAUUUUCCAGUUCUUGGAGCAGAUUGCUUGCAUGAAUAUGCUUGAAUUCACUGAAAAUUACAUUCACGUUCACUUUUUGGAAGUAUGUGCUACUGAUGACUUCAAAGGGCUGUUAAAGGAUCAGCUGGUGAGGCUACUCAGAAGUGAGGAAUUGAGAAUAGAAGAUGAGUAUCAGGUUUUCACUGCAGCAAUGGACUGGGUUCUUCGAGAUCUGUCUAAAAGGAAAAAAUUCAUUGUGGAAGUGUUAGAACCUGUACGAUUCCCAUUGCUCUCACCACAAAGACUUUUGAAAUACAUUGAAGGUAUUACUGACUUCAGCCUACGUGUGGCACUGCAAACUUUGUUGAAGGAAUAUACUGAAGUAGCAAAAUCUCCAAAAGAAAAUAAAAUGUGUAGUCUUCUUCAAUCAGUGAAGAUGAGACCCAGGAGAAAAGCCCGGAAGUAUCUUUUUGCAAUAGGAGGUUACACUAGACUACAAGGCGGUCGCUGGAGUGAUAGUAGAGCCUUGAGCUGUGUGGAGCGAUUCGACACUUUUAAUCAGUAUUGGACUACUGUGUCCUCGAUUCACCAGGCUCGCAGUGGGCUGGGGGUGGCUGUAUUGGAAGGAAUGAUUUAUGUGGUGGGAGGUGAGAAAGACUCAAUGAUAUUCGACUGCACUGAAAGAUAUGACCCCGUCACCAAACAGUGGGCUGCUGUGGCUUCUUUGAACUUUCCAAGAUGUGGAGUAGGACUUUGUCCGUGCAAUGGUGCUCUCUAUGCACUAGGAGGAUGGAUUGGUUCAGAAAUUGGAAAGACCAUGGAACGUUAUGACCCAGAAGAGAACAAGUGGGAGGUUGUUGGUAGUUUGGCAGUUCCCAGAUAUUACUUUGGCUGCUGUGAGCUACAUGGGUUUAUUUACGUGAUCGGAGGAAUCAGUGAUGAAGGCACAGAGCUGCGUUCAGCUGAGGUGUAUGACCCUAUGUCCCGCCGAUGGACUGCCUUGCCCGUCAUGAACACUCGGCGUGCCUAUGUGGGAGUAGCCUCCCUUAAUAACUGCAUUUACGCAGUAGGAGGAUGGAAUGAGGCACUAGGUGCCCUUGAGACAGUGGAAAAAUACUGUCCAGAAGAAGAAAAAUGGACAGAGGUGGCACCAAUGUCGACAGCACGUGCAGGAGUGUCAGUUUCUGCAGUUAAUGGGUUUCUUUACGCUGUUGGAGGCCGUGCUGCAAGCAGCGACUUUUCUGCACCAGUGACUGUAGACUCGGUGGAGAUUUAUGAUCCUCACGUGGACACAUGGACUGAAGUGGGCAACAUGAUUACAAGCCGUUGUGAUGGGGGUCUGGCUGUGCUAUGA